AUGGAAUCGGACAUCAACUUCAUGGCUCAUGAGGUCAAGACUCAGGUGUUCUCCUCCAGUUCCAAUCUCUACGCCUUUCUGCCCAUCUCGGCCUACGACACCGCGUGGGUGGCGAUGGUUCCUGAUCCUCAGCAAUGUGAACAGGCGAUGUUUCCGCAAUGUCUGGACUGGAUACUGCGUAACCAAAAGAAUGGAGGAUACUGGGGCGAGCAUGAUGGGCUUGGGCGCAUUACCGACACGCUUGCUUGCUUGCUUGCGCUAAAGAAAUGGCAUGUUGGCUCUCGACAUAUUGAGAAAGGGUUAGAGUUUCUUCACGCAAAUAUGGAGAGGAUGCUCAUGAGCAAUAAUGUUUCUAAUGUUGUACCUCGAUGGUUCGCUCUUAUUUUCCCAUGCAUGCUCGACCUUGCACAGAACAAUGGCUUAGAGGUCCUUCUUCCAAUAGGCUGCAAAAAGAUCAUCAAAACCAUCUUCGAUGAAAGACAACGAAUACUCAAGAAGGACAAAAACAACAAUGGAUGUCAAUAUCUGCCAAUUGAACUGUACCUUGAAGCCUUGCCAACCUCCUAUAUUGAAGCUAAUUACAAUCAAAUACUCACAAAAUACCGAAAUGAAGAUGGCUCAUUGUUUCAGUCGCCAUCAGCUACUGCUUUUGCUUUUAUCGCAACUGGCGAUAUUAGUUGCAUGGCAUAUUUGGAAAAUAUGCUAAAAAGAUGUGGGGAUAAAGUUCAUUCCACGUACCCAAUAAAUGAGGAGCACAUAAAACUGUGCUUGGUGGAUCACUUGCAAAGACUAGGUUGUGGUGAGCAUUUCAGUGAGGAGAUAUCAAAGGCCUUUAUUCAGUCUUCGAAUCAAAUAGACAAUAAAUCAUGUGAGAUAACUGACUCUCUCCUUGUCAAAACUAUAAGAAAUUGGACAGGAAGAGAAGAACCUCAAGUUCGAGAAAAACACAACAUUAUACCGCAGAUCAACGAAGAUGCCUUAGCUUUUCGACUACUGAGGAUGCAUAAUUAUCAAGUUUCUCCCAGGAGAUUUUGUUGGUUUCUAGAGGACAAUGAAAUGCUCAGCUACAUAGAAGAAAACUAUACUGACUUUUUGCGAGUUAUGUACGAUGUCUACAAAGCAUCACAUAUUUGCCUUUCCCAUGAACCUGAACUCGAGAAGGCUAAAGCUUUCUCUAAAAAGAUACUGCAGAAAGGAAUAUUGUCAAAUAAAAAUGAUGCAACUGAUCUCACUGAGCUUCAAAAGGAGAUCGAGCAUGAGGUAUCAGUUCCUUGGCUAGCUCGCAUGGAUCAUUUGGAGCAUAAGAGGUACAUUGAAAAUGGUGGAAUUUAUCAUUUUCAGAUUAAAAAGGGCUCAUUUUUUACUUCACUUCAAAUACAGCUUGCAAGAAAAAGUUUUACACUGAGACAGUCGAUUUACAGGUCUGAACUUGAGGAGAUAAAAAGGUGGUCAAAAGAUCAAUGCCUUUCUGAAAUAGGAUUUGGAAGAGAGACAACUACAACUUGCUAUUUUGGCAUAGCGACAGUAUCACCCCUCCCUCUCUUUGAUGAUGUUCGCAAGGUAAUUGCAAAAUGUGCAAUCAUGAUCACAAUCAUAGAUGAUUUCUUUGAUGAGAAGGCUUCACUGGAGGAAUUGCACAAGCUUACAAAUGCCGUUAUGAGGUGGAAUGGAGAUAGCUUAUCGGGUACAAGUAGUAUCAUCUUCAAUGCCUUAGACAAACUUGUUGAUGAAAUUGCUCACCAUAAUCUUUACGUUAAGGGAGUGCUACAAGAUAUUUGGUAUGAAACUUUAGACUCAUGGCUAAGAGAAGCAAUGUGGAGCAAAAGCAAAUAUGUUCCAUCAAUUCAAGAAUACCUAGAAGUCGGUAUGGUCUCCAUUGCCGUAAAAACAAUGAUUCUCUCCGCUUCAUUUCUGAUGUCUCCAAAUUAUCUACUCUAUUUCACAAAAUAUGGGCACAGUGCAAUUACCACAAUGCUCAUGAUUUCGUGUCGAUUAUUGAAUGACACACGAAGCUAUCAGAGAGAGAUAGAGAACGGGAAAGUGAAUCUAGUCCUCUUAUACACGAGAGAGAACCCUAUGGCAGAUGUUGAACAUGCAAUUACUCAUAUAAGGAGCCUAUUAGACAAACACCAGAGAAUAUUUCUUGAGCUCGUGAAAUCUAAUGACGGCAAUGAAAUGGGGAAGGAACUGAAAGAACUGCAUCUGUCGUGCUUGAAGACGUUUCAUAUGUUCUAUCACUCUGAAAAUGCAUUUGACUCAAAAACAGCUUUGCUUCAGAAAAUUAACAUGGCCAUAUAUGAACCACUUGCAGACAUAUCUUCAAUGAGUUCGCAUGAAUUGGAUAUAAACAGAACUAAGUUUCAAGAUUAUGGACGUUUUGUGAAGGUUGAAGGUCCUCAUCAUGGAGUGAACGAAAAAUGGCUAGUUAAAUCAAAAGGAACAAGAUUUCAGGCAAAGAGAGUUUUUAAAUUAACAUCUGAUCACAAAUUUUCAUCACAUAUCCGUGGCAUGGUAUGCUCUGUUCCUCAAGCUAGCUUUGUUCCAAUGUGGUUUUAG